CCAUUAUCAUAUACAACGUGCCACUUGCUCGAACAGUCCCUUGCCCAUCACUUCCACGGCUGUGUCGUCAAAUGUCAAGGUACAAGUAGUGGAGAUGUGAUACACUACACCGCCCGACUGUACGCGCUGUAAAACAUAUGCGGAAUCGGUCCCUACGAGGACGGACUCUCGACGAUGAGACUCAAGUACGAGUUGGAACAUCCGGUCGGUACAGGAUGCUGCCACCCACGCCGCAUGUGUGGCAUGCGAAGCAGACUGCUCAGCUCGCUCAAUCUUACCGGCCUCUCUUCCCCGUUCUCAGCGUCUUUGGCCUUCUUCCUCCCUCUGACAUGCUCGGUUUCUUCUAAUCCUUGCAAUUCGCCGCUCUGCGAUUGUGAUCAUCGAAAUGGCAGCUAGCGAACUUGACUACGAUGACCUUGCUGCCUUUGCGAACGACAGCCCGUCUGCAGCGCAGCGUCGAACGCUUGAAACCUGAUGCCUUCACAGGUUGGGACGCGGCUCCGUCGCGGGUUGGCGGAGCCCGAGGCGUGAGUCUGAUAGCCAGGCCGAGGGAAGGUGGCCAAGACAUCGGUCACAGCGAACCUGCAGAUUAUAUCACGUAUACUAACGAGACUUCGAGUUUUUACCGGUUGCGACCGCUUCUGGCACUUGCAAUUGCCAAUAGCGCACUCUAAGGCAUUCGUUGUGCUCGAGGUCUCGAGUGUCAGACUCUUCUAUAGUGCUGUGUCUAAGCAGCGAUCCCUAUGCA